UUGUUAAGGGAGGAAAUGCUGUGUGAUUUUAGUUCUGGCUUGAACAAGCUGACCUUUGGCUCAGGGACCAGACUGUCCGUCCAGCCCAAAGUCAAUCCAUCUCCCUCAGUCUACAGGCUGACCUCUAAAGAUGACAAGGAUUUGGAAAUGUGCCUUAUCACGGAUUAUUCCCCCGAAAAGCUCACCCUUCCCUCGGCUGAGCACAACACAUCUGUUGUUGUGGGGGUGAUGAACGCUGAGAAUACCGAGGAAUCCAGCUACCUGUCCACCUACUGGGCCAAGAGGGACGAGAUGCAGUGUGGGGCCAGCCACGAGGGCUUUGGGGAGCUGCARGGAGAGGACCCUGAGAGUGGUGCCAGYGCUGUCUGUGUCACAGGGCUGUCCCUACAUUUCAGGACAGAUGAACACUUGAACACACUGUCUUUAUCACAGCUGGGCCUCAAAGUAGUUUUAUUGAAAGGAAUCAUUUUUAAUGUGCUGAUGACGAUGCUUAUGUGGAAAAAAAAGUGA